AUGAAACUCACUGAUAGGGACCGCGCCCAUGGAGGUGUUGCAAUAAUUAUUACUAAAGCAUUGCAACAUUUUAUGGCUCCCCUUAACACCCAGCUUCAAGCAAUUACUAUCCGGGCUACUUUUGACCGUGAAAUCACAAUCUGCUCUCUCUACCUUCCCCCAAGAUAUAGGUUCACUCUUGGGAACAUUCAAGGUUUAAUCAAUCAACUUCCUCCUUAUUUACUACUUGGUGAUUUUAAUUCUCACAAUCCUCUUUGGGGUGGAGAUUUUUUAGACACAGAGGGUAGGAUCAUUGAUGACAUUGUUAAUAAUAAUGAGCUUACACUUUUUAAUGAUGGUACUAUGACAUACCUUAAUCUCUUCACAGGUGGUUCAUCUGCUAUAGACUUAAGCAUUUGCUCUUCUUCUCUCUAUCUUGAUUUUAAUUGGUCUGUAGAUGAGUUUCUACAUGACAGUGAUCACUUUCCCAUUCAUCUUAAGUUGUGA